AAGGUCCACUCCCACGUGAGCAAGGAGUCCCAACUCGCAAGUCGCAGCCCGCCUCCGCACCACCAGUCCCACCACCGGAAUACUCCCACCUCCCCGCCGUCCCCCCACAAACCCACCGGAAGGACCCAGGCGCCGCCGUCGGCACCAUGCCCCGGCUCCUCGUCGUCCUCCUCCUCCUCGCCCUCUCGCUCGUCGCGUGCGUGAGCGCCGUGCCCGCUGUCAUCCGCAUGGUCCCGGCCGACCCCACCGCGGCCUCCUCUGGCGCGGUAGACGACGCGGACGCGCUCUUCUGCGACAGCUGGAGGCUGUCUGUGGAGACGGCCAACGCGGGGCCCUGGCUCGCCGUGCCCGCGCGCUGCGGGGAUUUCGUGCGGGACUACAUGGAGGGGCCUCGCUACGCCUCUGACUCCGCCAUCGCCGCCGCCGACGCCCUAGCCUUCGCCUCUGAUGCCCUGGCCGCCGCCGCCGAGUGGGGCGGCUCGGCGAGCGCGAGGCCGGCGUGGGUGUUCGACGUCGACGAGACGCUGCUCUCCAACGCGCCCUACUACGCGGUCAACGGAUGGGGAUUACAGGAAUUCAAUGAGACCUCAUUUGAUGAAUGGGUAGAUGCUGCAAAGGCACCAGCAUUACCAUCAAGCUUGAAUUUGUACAAUCAACUUCAGGGACUUGGUUUCCAUGUUAUCCUUUUGACUGGCCGGAGUGAAUUCCAACGUAAUGCCACAGAGUCGAAUCUUUUGUUUUCUGGCUACAACUCAUGGGAAAAACUCAUAUUGAGGCAAUCUUCUGAUAUUGGCAAGACUGCUGUACAGUACAAGUCAGAGAGAAGAGCAGCAAUGGAAGCAGAAGGUUUCAAGAUACUUGGGAACUCAGGGGAUCAGUGGAGUGAUUUGAUAGGAUCACCAAUGGCAACGAGAUCCUUCAAGCUACCAAACCCAAUGUACUUCAUCAGCUGAUUUUAUUGUGAACAGUGGAGGAAGGAGCAGGUUUUCGUAGGGCGUUCAUAGCAUUGUUAUGGUCUCGCUCUGAAACUGCUUUUGUUAGACAUCACUCUAAUCUUCAAGCAUGUUGAAAUUCAACUCGGGCUUGGGGCCAUUGAAUCUGCCCUUUGAUGAUUUGUAAUUACACAUCUUUCCCCACACUAUUGGAAGCAUUUCUUGUGAUGCAAAUUGUAAAGAAUCUUGGUUCAAAUCUGAAACAGAUGAAAUUUCAGUUAUGUUUCAAAAUUUGUGUA